CCAGCCCUGAAGUUCUGUAGGUGGGGCGGGCUUUAAUUUGCUUAUAUCUAAUGAUUUCAGGAACCUCGCUUUAAAAUGGCGGCAUUCCGCGUACACCCCUGCUAGAGGCUCUCCCGGCGCAGUGGCCACCUCGCGCGGCGCCGCUGCUGCCGCCACCGCUAACAGAUGGCUCGUGCCACUGUCGCCGCCGCUGCCGCUGCCCCUGGCGCUGCCGCGGAGAACAGGGCCCCUUAAACUCUGGUUUGCGCUGGCAGCAUAAGGUUCUGAAAAGUGCCUUUUCUGAAAACUGCUUCUGGGAUUCUACUCUAGAACUUUCUUUUCCAACCCCUCUGCCCAUCAUCCCCUUCCCUGCCCCUCAUCCUCUAAGAAACCUGGUGUGCUUCUAGUUUACUGCAUUUAUUGUUUUAUUUUUCUGUGAUUCUCAGUUUCCUGAAACAGCCUCCCCUAUCUUACUCUUUUUAUUUAAGAAAAAAAAAAAGCUAGACAGGGAGAAAACUUUUUCUCCCUGGCCUGAGACCACUGAACAGUUUGAGGAGCCAUCAGCAGCAUAUGCUUUUUGAAAACAUCAAUUAGGUGGUACAGAAUUCUUCUGAAAGUUCACCGGUUAUCUGAGCAAAUUAACAAAAUAAAACAUCUCAACCUUUACAAUUGCCUUCUUCAGAGUUGGUCUCUAAUUAGCCUUUUGGUUAUUCUGAUACAACUUUGAUUUUUGUGAGAGACUUUGUUUGACCAGAUUAGAUUUGACUUAAACGAAAACCUAAGUGCUAACAAAUAGCCAUUGCACCAAAGCAGCCUGCUAUCUUUUUGCAUUGAGCUCAGACUCAUUUUUAAUCCUCUCAAAAUCAGUAGUGAUAUUGUCCUAAAAAGUGUGCACUUGAUUUGCACUUUGCUCACAAUAUGACGGCUGUCAACCUUGCCCUGAUUCGUGAUGCCAAGUGGCUGACUUUAGAGGUCUGCAGAGAAUUUCAGAGAGGAACAUGCUCCCGAGGUGAUGCAGACUGCAAGUUUGCUCAUCCACCAAGAGCUUGCCAUGUGGAAAAUGGUCGUGUGAUGGCCUGUUUUGAUUCUCUAAAGGGUCGGUGUACUCGAGAGAACUGCAAGUACCUUCACCCUCCUCCACACUUAAAAUCGCAGCUGGAGAUUAAUGGGCGUAACAAUCUGAUUCAACAGAAGACUGCAGCAGCCAUGUUCACCCAGCAAAUGCAGUUUAUGCUCCAAAACGCUCAAAUGUCAUCCCUUUCGGUUCCCUUGGCUCCAAAUAAUCCUCCUGUGGCUUUCAGUCCAUAUGUGUCUCAUCCUGGCAUGAACCUGAUUCCAGCUGAACUUUUACCAAAUACACCUGUUCUGAUUUCGGGAAAUCCUCCUCUCACAAUGCCAGUGGUUCCUGGUCCAAGGCCGAUACGUUCAGAUAGGCUGGAGGUGUGCCGUGAAUUUCAGCGUGGAAAUUGUACCCGUGGGGAGAGCGAUUGCCGCUAUGCUCACCCUACCGAUGUUUCCAUGAUUGAAACAAGUGAUAAUACCGUGACCAUCUGCAUGGAUUACAUUAAAGGCCGCUGCUCCAGGGAGAAAUGCAAGUACUUCCACCCUCCUCCCCACCUGCAAGCCAAACUCAAGGCUGCUCAUCACCAGGCGAACAAUUUAGCUGCUGCCGCAAUGGCCCUACAGCCUGGUGCGUUUCAACUGAUGCCAAAGAGACUGGGCCUUGAAAAGACCAAUGGUGCCACCCCGUUCUAUGGUCCUACUGUUUACCACUGCCAACAGGGUCUGGCUAACAUGCAGCUGCCACAGCCGACAUAUAUCCCUGCAGGGCCAAUACUGUACAUGACACCCGCUACAAGUUUUGUGCCUAUGAUGCACGGUGCUCCACCUACCACUGUGCCUGCAGCAACACCACCUGCCACCAGCGUUCCCUACGUUGCACCACCUACAGGCAAUCAGUCGAAAUUCUGAACAGCAGAGUUACGGAGUAUCGGAAUCUCUCCAUGAGAACCUCCAUAUGGCCUUUCUAUAUAUAUUCUCAUAUGUCCUCUUCUAGCAACACAACAAUAAGCAUGGUGCAGUCAAUAUACUAAACGAAGUGAACAUGCCAGCCAACAAAUCCAACUAAAAACAAAGCAGUAAAGUCAAUGGAUAUGUUAAAACCCAAUCAAAAAAUAUAUCUUAUUUGAAUUAUUAGGUAGAACAUGAUCAUAAAAUUUAGUGAUAUUUUUCCUGUAACUCUAAUACUUAGUGAAUUUCCACAUUUUGUCAUUGGCUUACUGUACAUUUUGGUGGCUAAAUGUUCAUCUGUUUUUGAAGUGUUACCUUACUAUAUUGUUUACAGGACAGUCUAUUGAAUUGAUUUAGAAUGUAAUAGAUAUAUUCAGUACCAUUUUCCCCAGAGAGGUAUUGUAUUGGGUUGAGCUGUGUUUAGUUUUCACAUACUAUAGUGUUUUGCUGUAUUUGUGUGGUGUUUAAUACAAUUUGAUAUGUUAUUAGUAGGGAACAGAAGUUUUUCUGCUUUAAAAACAUAGCAAGUUCAUGUUAAUAUACUCUCUUUAGAAUAUUUCUGUAGGUUUCCUGGGGCACACAUUUACAAUGCCUCACUUUUGAGUGUGCACAGAACCUGUUCAUAAACAUGCAUGUGUAUACUUUGUAUUUACAGAUCUAACCUUGUCUAAUUCAAUGAAGUUACUAGAUUUUUUUCAAAAGAGAAAUAACUAGCCACAGUAAGUAGGGAAUUUCUUAAAACAUUAAUCCCUAAUACACUCCUUUUAAAUAGCUUGAAAAAGAAUUCACUUUCUAAUGAUUUUUUUCAGCAUUUCUACUAAAAAUUAUGUAAAGUAACCAUCACAUGUUUUUGAUUUUCAAGAAUCCUAUCUCCUAGUUUGAGUGUCUAAAAUUGAACCAUUUGUGAUCUCUACUUGAGAAAGUGGUACUUGUGGUUUUAAAGGUAUGCUAAUUUUAGGUUAUAAAUCAAACAGAGAAAUGGAAGAGGUAGAGAUAGUUUUUACAUAUUGGCAGAAAGUGUGUAAAACCAUUGCAGUGUAACCUUUUACACAAGUGCUGUUUUCCAAAUGCAAAUGGCUCUAGCUCUUAGACUAUUCUUUAAAUAAUAAGAUGCAAUCUAGCACAAGUCUGUCACGGUGGGAGAGAAUUGGUUCCAAAGAGGCCUUUCUUCGUCAAAUGGACAAUCUUCUCUGUUGAUCACAGAGGGAGCCUGAGUAUAGGUUUGGGGAAAUGGCAGGGAUGGGAGUGGAGGGAGCAGGAAGGAAUUUAAAAUUACCUCUUGGUUUAUGCAAAGGAACUGGUAAAGAUGUCUGCACUUGUCUUGAACUUCAGUUUAACCGAAUUGCCAAUUUCGUUAAACACUUCAGUGAAGGAGCAAGUGCCUGUGAUACAUGACAAGCACCUCCCUGCACAAACUUCAAUAGCAGACUGUUUUGCAUCAAAACUAAGCCUUUUUUUCCCCUUGUUUAGAUUCAUUUGCCUUUAAAUCUGUUUCUAAUACGGUAGAUUAGUACUCUUUGGUUGAUAUAGAGUGACUGUAUUAAACAAAGGUGAGCUGAAUUCUCAUUAAUACUUAUGAAAUAAUUUUACACGAGUAAAAUAGUUAAUUUCUGGGCUCUAUAUUACAUUUCCAUUCUACUAAAUUAUUGUACAGUGGUAGAAAUACAAUACUUCAUUCAAAUUUAGAUUUAUAUUUUCUACUAAAUGCAUGUUCUCUCACUGGAAAAUGUAAAACCAUCAAAUUUGAUAUAGAGAAAAGGGUUGUUUUUCUCCUUCCUGAAAAUGACCAACAAAGAGAAAAUCUGACUUCGGAUACUUUAAGCUAAUGCUGUGUUUGAAUUGCAAAACAAUGGAACUAGCCAAAACUUUUUGUAGUUGAUAAAACUGAAACUUAAGAGCAUGUGACUUCCCCAAAUUUCAGUAGCCAUUGUGAGACCCAGAAUCAUCUCCAGACUCCAAUUGUAAAUCUUUUUUAUUAUGUUCAUCAGAGCAUUUGAGACUCUAUCUCGAAGCAGAUCACUUUGGCUCAGAAUACAAAAGAGUAACAUUAUCUCCAGUAGUUGGUAUCCUAUCGGUUGUAAUUAUCAAUCCAAAUUCUGCACAACUGUGAUUUCUAAAGUCUUACUUGUAUUGAGCCACUGUCAUUUAUAGCAGGGUUGCCUGCAGUUAGAGAUUAGAAUUUGUUCUUUAACCUGGAACUCUUCGAACCACUUGUUUUCUCUUUCCUGACAUCUUAACAUUGCUAGAGAAGAAACUAGGGUAUGCCUUUCAGAGAUGCCUUGUGUAUGGAGCUGAGUUUUGUAUAAUCAGUGUGCUUCUCCUGAAGGGCAGAUCUGACUACAUGAAUCCAGGAAGGAUGCACCUGAGCUAGUCUUAGAUGUAUUCCUUAAUGGAGAUGGGAACAUUUUUUUGUGUACAAAAUGAACUUUUGUGCGUAGUUUGACAUUUUUGAUGCAACAUACUAUCUCAUUUAGCUUUUUAAAUUUUUGACAAAGAUGUACAUAGACCUAAAGUACAGCUAUUUUCAUGUUGCUGUAAGCACUGGAAGACUAAUAAUGACUUAUUUUUAGUAAAUUGACUGAGGAAUAUUCAGGGUAGUUGUAUUUUGAGUGCCACCAUUUUCUACAUUGUUGGCAUUCUAAAAGUUGCUAUAUAAGUGAAUUUAGGAAAGAAAGCUGAAAGCUCCAAAGUUUUGAUUAUAUUCAACAGUUUUGAGAAAAUGAAAUUUUAAGAUAACACUCUUUAGUUGUGCAAUGACUUAUUCAAAUGAUCUUUAUUCAAGAAAAGACACGAUUGAUAAGUCAUUAGACUAUAAAUUUCCAGUUCAAAAGAGAAGUCACAAAAUAAUCAGUGACUCUAAACAAAAAUUUACUGGAUUAAUUGUGUAUAUAAAAUUCUAAUCACUUAUAAUUCUUACUUAACAUUUUAUAAUCUUUGUAUUUUAUAAGGCCUCUAUUUUUAUUUAUCCAAAAUUAUUGCUUUUCUUCAUGUUUCUCAGCCUUUUGUGAAGAUACGCAAGAGUGCUGAAACUUGAGUAAGACGGGUAUUAUAUUCUGAAAAGUAAUCUAAAAGUUAUCUUUUAAGAGUGUUUUAAUAGUAUCAAUUUUUUACAAAAAAUACUAAGUGAUCAUUAUGAAAGUGUAUUUUAAAAAGGAUUAAGAUUAAAAUAAGAUAAAUGGAUUCAUAAAAAUUGCUAUAUACAUACAGUAUUUACUUUUGCAAUUGGAGCAUGAUUCCACAACAAGCUGUUGCAUUUCAUUUCACUUUUCUAGGUUAGACUUUAAUUUAUAGCUAAUCCUAAAAGCCAUCUUCCCCCUAUUCCAUCGAGUCAUCUCCGUCGGUUUUUGAUCAUGCUAAAAGCGCUUUGAUCUGGCCAUAAGUGUUGUCGUACAAUGCCAGCCAGAAGCCUCAGCUCACCGGCUCUGCAAUUUGAGAAGAUGCUAGUACCUCCUUCCUGCCAUCAGAGGGACUGAAUGAAAUUACACCUUGCAGCAGUUUUUAAUGGCCGGACAAGUAAGGAGCAACAUUUAUGGUUUUUCAAGAGAAGAGGGGAGAUUCCGGGCUUCUGUGAAUAUUGUUUGGCCCUUUUUCUCCCUUUUUGGGUUCAAUGCCACAAGUUUUCUGAGUUCUUUUAGUCAAUAUGGUGAACAGUCAUACACAGAAUGAUUAGAAACUGAAGUACUCAUUCUUAUUUCUCACUCAUUUUACAUACAUUGAAGUGGAAAUAUAGAAAAUGUAUGGGGGGAAUCUGAUUUUCCAAAUUCUGCUUAAGAAUAGCGAUGGUGGCCUAAUUUUGUCAGUGCCUGCCGAAGGCAAUAAAAUAAUCAGCAUGGAAAAGAGCACACCAAAACUUUUUGCCAAUGUAUUUGAUAGCCUAAUCAAAUUGUAAAUAUAACUACAAAUCUAAAGUCAGAGUACCAACUCACUGAGCGGUGCCAUCUUUUCAUUUUUCUUAUUCUUAGUUUUUAAGGUUUUUAUUUUGUGACUUUUUAUAUCUCUAAGUAACUAAUGAAUUUGAGAAUUUAAUUUUGAAGGAGAGUUAGAGAAAGUGUAUAAGUUUUAUUUUACUACAUAUAUUCAGCCAACCUAGAUAGAUUCUAAACACUAAAGCAUGGCAGAUAUAGGUGACAGACUGUAACUACUCUCUACAGUUCACAGUGUAAGAACAAAUUUAACUUUAUACUAAAAUAAUAAUUGUUAACUAACAAUAUUAAGUUGUUGCUUUGGCAACAAAACUACAACAUGGCUACCUUUAGACACUCAUGCGUGCUUGUGUGGAAAUUUUAUUUGUAAACUAUCUGUGAUUUGUGACACUAUAAGCAUAUAGAUGAUAUAGCUCAAAACUCAGAAAACAGAUAUGGUUGAAUAUUAUUUUAAUCCCUAAGUCACAUGUGAAAACUGAAUUUAUGUCCUGUGACUUUUUGGUCAAAAAGUUUACAACACGUGGAUUCUAGAAGCAGGUUUUAUAGUUUGUAGACUUUGUUGUGCGGAUGGGGUUAUUCCACGGUAUUUUGAGCUUCAAAACACAACAUAAUGAGAGUGUAUAUCUAUAUAUAUAUUCAUUGACUUUUUCAUAGCUUUGUUUAUUGAAAAUUACUCUUUAUAUGACAUAUCUAUAGUGACAAAAUUUCUUUUUUUCUGAAAUUAUGCAUACAAAUAUGCAUGAGGUUUGAAACAUAAUUAAAUAUAUUUUGAAAUCAAUUCAUAGUUGCAAACGAUACUGUGGAAUGGCCCCUGCACAGUGUUUAAGAAGAUGCUGCAGUUACCUGAUUGUCAAAGUUAGGGUGCGAGUGUGUAAGACACACCUUUUUGCACAUAUGUACAUAGUCCAUGAAACCAGUCCUUGGAUCUUUUUUUAAAUACAAGAAGACUGUGAUAAUAGUGAAAAAGUCAGUAAGAGCAAGCUAUUCCUAAGGCUUUGAAAAGAAGGGUUUCUUUCCAUUUUCUCUAAGACAUAUAAAGCACAGUGUUGCUUUGCUGUUGUGGAGGCUUUCCUAGUUAGCUACAUCUUACUGGAAGAGAAAACUCGUGACAGGUAAACAGGUCAAUGUUAGCUAACAUCACUGAACAAUAGUAGAAGUACUUCUUUUAGUAAGACCACUAGGAAAGAUUGUUUGCUUUUUUAAGUGAAUUCCCACUUUACACACACACACACACACACACACACACACACACACACACCAGAUGGGUUAUCACAGAGGUUUUCUUUUUUUCAGUGACUACAAGCAGUGAAAUACCCUGUAAAUUGCAAGAUAGCUAUUUUCAUUAUGAUCAAUUCAGAUUUCAUCUUUUCACAGAAUUAUUGUUAUAUGAUAUCAGUUAGCAUGUAUGUCAAUUGAUAUGGAUUGAAGUGACAUUUAAAAUAUUAAUGUUGACUUUUAUCCCUACUUUAACAUCCAGAAGCCCAAAACAAAUUGACAACCUUUGCAAGAUUUUAUUUCCUAGUUAAAUGUGACCAGUGUAGGGCAGUUUGCUCCCUUCAAGGAAAGAAACAUGCUCCUGGCACAACUUUAGUAGCAGCUUUAUUUACACUGUACAUGUUCAAUGGGAGCUGUUUUCUGACCUCCCUUUACCAGAUUACAAAGUACUACUCCAUGUGCCACUUGAGCCUCCCAAUGUUUUCUUUAAAUAAAACUGAAGAGAACCAGCCAAAAUCUUACAUAAUUCAGAAGUUGGAAGGGAAUACUUCAGUCUGACUGCCUCCACCAGUUUUAGCUCCACACUGCCUACAGAUAGCCAUGGAACUUUCUUGUCCCCAAGCAAUGAGGCCUAAGAAGGGUUGAGGUUGGAAAGCUUAAGAGAUAGAUCACCACAGGUACUUGGAGUCCUUCACAACUUGAGGCACAUAGCUCUCACCCUGGAAAAGGACAGCAUUCUGGUGUUAGAAGAGCUGGUAUUGGGACAUUGCUACCUAUUUUGCUAGCUCUAUCAGACAGCACCAUGGUGCUGGAGGCUGGCUCAGUGAUAGUGUGUUUGCUACCAUGUGAGGCUCUAGUUACAUUCCCAGAGAGACAGAUAGACAGGGCCAGAAAGCAACCCAAGCCUUAUCGUUGUCCAAUAACUCAGGGCCAUUUGGCUAGAAAGAUUUUCUUGCAUCAGCUCAUAAACACUGUGUUCAUGAUACAAUGAACAGCCUGACAAUCUGACCAGAAUUUCCAUUGAUAUAAACUGUAAACAUUCUUUCAUUGUGUAGUGAAGAACUCCUAACUUCAACCUUAUCACCAUCAUCAUUUUCCAAUUUAACCCAUUUCCUUGUGUUGAGAAUCCCUGGUGAAUCUGUAAGCCAGGGGAAAAAACGUAUUUUCAUAAGGUUAGUAGAGAUAUGAGAUUUGUUUUGUUUUGAAGUGCUAAAAAUUGCACGUAGGGCCUCACGCGUGCUAGGGGAGUGCUUUACCACUGAGUCACAUUCCCAGCCCAAGAUGUGAGAUUUUAAGCCAACAAGAAUCAUUAACAAAAUAGUAGGAGUGACAGCCCUUGGCUCUCACUCUUUGAAACCUAACAUAUUCUGAUGAGGCCAUAAUUCAUAUGUAUCACUUCUGGGUGGCUCUGAAGCACCAGUGAUACAUGCAUGACUGUCCAUUGCAUGGCAUGGGACAGUCCUAUCAGGAGGUACAAGCCAGAGGAAACAUGUAAACUUAGUGACUGUGUUUAAAGAAGUAAGAGAAGUCAGGGCGUGCAGUAUAACAAAGACAUGUACUUGAGACCAAAAAAAGAUUUAUUAAGAUUUAGCUUGGCUAAUUCAUAUAGUUUCCAGCUCCUCAAUUUAUCCCUGCCUAUAGGGAAUUUCUUAUUAAUAUUAAAAGCUGGAGUAUUACAAGAAACUUUAUCUUUAUAUAGAAUUUUUCCUUGAUUAUUAUAUACCUAAAAUAAAUAUAUAUCACUAUGAAAUAAGUUACAACUCUUUGUAGAAAAUUUUAAAAAAUCUUACUAGCCAUCUACAUCAUGUUAUUUUUAAAAAAUACUCUUGUAACAACACCUAAAGUAACACAACUAUUAUAUAUAUGCUUUUUCCUCCCAAACAUACAAUUUAAAGAUUUAUCUGUCAUAGAACUGCUUCAAUCCAAAGCUUUAUUUCUAUAUAAAGAUGUCAUUUGUUAGUGAUAUAAACCAAAUAAUUUUGUUGCUGUAUCUUUUGUGUCUAGUGGUUGAAGGAAUGAUAUAAUCAGCACAUCAUUAGAUCCUGGAAAUGCCCUUUUCAGAAAUGUUUUCUUUUCUUUUUAUUGUUGCUGCUUUAAUUCAUAGAAAAUGAGCCAUUUGUUUCCAAAUUCAAGAAUUUAAAUUUUAUAUAUAUAUUUUUAUUUUAUUUUAUUUUAUUUUUUUGGUUUGAGGCUGGGUCUCUCUGUGUUGUUCAGGAUGGUGUGAAAUUCCUGGGUUCAAACAAUCCUCCCUCUGGAUUAGUUGGGUCUACAGGUAUGUGCUGCUAUGCCUAGCUAUAAAUUAAGAUUUUUUUUUAAAUAAAAGGGUUAUUUCUAAAUCUACUCUUUAAGAGUUAACUGUAUUCACUCAUAUAAUAACAAUCUGGAAUAUAGAAAAUUGAGGGACUAUUUUGAGAAGAAAAUCUAUUUAAAAAUACUUACAAUAAAUGCUUAACCCCCUAAAAAUAUGGAUUUAAAUAAUGAUCAGAAUAUUUUUCAAAUAAAAAAUGUUCCCGUUAUAUCAUAUUUUGCCUACAGAGUUCAAUAGCUCAUUCCCUCAACUGUAGAUGUGUUGACUUUUGUUUUAUUUUUUGCAAGUUCUAGUGGUGUGGUGCCUAUCUGUGUUUAGAAGUGUGCAUUUUGUAACUCAUUUUAGUAUGCUACUUUUAUGUUUAAUUUUGUUCUUUUAAUAAAGUAUAUAAACUUCA